AUGCAUUCUCAGUUCAUUUCUCCCCGGAACGGGAAGGGUGCUAUGCUCCUCCUGCUCUCCUCCUACCUUUCGAGCUACGCAUUUGCGACGGCAGUCCCCGAAUCCGUCGACGUUGCCGUGAUAGGCGCAGGACUUUCCGGUUUGACAGCAGCGCGAGACCUUCUCCACGGCGGCAAAUCCGUCAUCGUUCUCGAAGCUAGAGACCGCGUCGGCGGCAAGGUCUACAACCACCCACUGAAGAAUGGCGGCGUCACGGAAGUGGGCGCCGAGUUCGUCGGCCCAACGCAAGACAAAGUACUGGAGAUGAUUUCCGGCUUGGGACUCCAGACAUUCGACACGUAUAGCGAAGGGAAAUCCAUCUUGUGGAGGAACGGCACACGAACAGCUUAUACUCCAGACCCGGCUCUGGGUGGUUCACCGCCAGUGGACAUGGCGUCUCUUCCUCUGGUUGCCAGUGCGCAAAAGCAACUGGACGACUGGGCAGCUGAAGUCAACACGAGUGCACCCUGGACGCAUCCCAAGGCUAAGGAGCUUGACAGCAUGACGUUCCAGCAGUACAUCGAUCAGGCAGCACCCCACGCGGACGCCGCCUUCGUCUUGACCUCAGCCAGCAAGGCCAUCUGGGCUGCGGAGCCGCGAGAGCUCUCUGUACUCUACGUCGUCGCAUACAUUGCAGCAGGCGGAAACGAGACCAACGUUGGAACACUGGCUCGACUGAUUGGCAUCCAAGGCGGAGCUCAAGAGAAGCGAGUCGUAGGCGGAACCGGUCUCAUCCCAGAGCGUCUUGCCGAGAAGGUCGGACAUGAACACAUCGUCAUGAACGCCGCCGUAUCAACCGUCACCAAGACAUCUCACGGCUACAAAGUAGUCUCCCGAGCAGGCGCCGUCCACGCAAAGCAAGUCGUCCUCGCCAUGGCGCCGCCCCUCCUCCGUCAAAUCACUUUCUCGCCCGCCCUCCCCACCGCCCGCCAACAGCUCAACCAAGCAAUGAAAAUGCCGUCCAUCGGAAAAGGCAUUCCCAUUUACUCCACGCCCUUCUGGCGCAAAACCGAAGGCCUAAACGCCCAAGUCAUCUCCGACAACGGUUCCACACGCGUAACCUUCGACUCCACACCCGAAGACACCAAAUUCGGCGCCCUCCUCGGCUUCCUCCUCGGCGACGAGAUGCGCGCGCUCGACGCCCUCACCCCGGCCCAGUGCGAAGAGAAGAUCCUGUCAGACUACGUGCGGUAUUUCGGCGAGGAAGCAAAGACCAACACGGAGUUUGUGUUGCAACGCUGGGACUUGGAGGAGUGGUCCAGAGGAGGACCUGUGGCGGUUGCUCCGCCCAAUGUCCUCACAAAGUAUGGUCAGGCGCUGACGAUGAGAGCCGAGGGGUUGCAUUUUGCGGGCACGGAGACGAGUCCGUAUUGGACUGGGUAUAUGGACGGAGCUAUCCGGAGUGGAGAGCGGGUUGCUAAGGAGAUUAUGGGUAUGGGGUAUUGA